GGCGGGGGACAAUGGGUCAGUUACUGGUGCGUCACGAGGGAGUUCCUUAAAGGGGAAGCGAGCGGAGCGGCCGGCCGACGCGGGGUGCGGUGUUCGUCCGGGGGGUCCCCACGCUUUAAAAUAAUGCCCGCGGCGGCCGCGCGACCAUGCAAUGGCGAGCGCUCGUCCUGGGGCUGGUGCUCCUCCGGCUCGGCCUCCACGGGGUGCUGUGGCUCGUCUUCGGGCUGGGGCCCAGCAUGGGCUUCUACCAGCGCUUUCGGCUCAGCUUCGGCUUCCAGCGCCUGAGGGUCCCGGACGGCCUCGCCUACCCUGGCUCCGGGCCCGCGGGCCAGCAGGGGACGCCCGGGGCGCCGUCGGGGCCGUCGUGGCUGCAGCCGCCGGUGGUCGGGGCUGUGGCCGGCGGGCCCGGGGCUCCGCGGCGGCCCGUCCCGGGCGUGUGCGGCCCGGCGCACUGGGGCUACGCACUGGGCGACCGGGGAUGCGGCCCAGACGAGUACGAGAAGCGCUACAGCGGCGCCUUCCCACCGCAGCUGCGGGCCCAGAUGCGCGACUUGGCGCGGGGCAUGUUCGUCUUCGGCUACGACAACUACAUGGCGCACGCCUUCCCGCAGGACGAGCUCAACCCCAUCCACUGCUGCGGCCGGGGCCCGGACCGCGGGGACCCUUCAAAUCUGAACAUCAAUGAUGUACUGGGGAACUAUUCAUUGACUCUUGUUGAUGCACUGGAUACACUGGCAAUAAUGGGAAAUUCAUCUGAGUUCCAGAAAGCAGUCAAAUUAGUGAUCAACACAGUUUCAUUUGACAAAGAUUCUACUGUUCAAGUCUUUGAGGCCACAAUAAGGGUUCUGGGAAGCCUCCUUUCUGCCCACAGAAUAAUAACUGACUCUAAACAGCCCUUUGGUGACAUGACAAUUAAGGACUAUGAUAAUGAAUUGUUGCACAUGGCUCAUGACCUGGCUGUGAGGCUCCUUCCUGCUUUUGAGAAUACGAAGACAGGGAUCCCCUAUCCUCGGGUGAAUCUAAAAACAGGCGUUCCUCCUGACAGCCGUAACGAGACCUGUACCGCAGGAGCUGGUUCCCUCUUGGUGGAAUUUGGGAUUCUGAGCCGACUGCUGGGGGAUUCCACCUUUGAGUGGGUGGCCAGACGAGCAGUGAAAGCCCUCUGGAACCUGCGGAGCAAUGACACGGGACUGUUAGGCAAUGUUGUGAAUAUCCAGACCGGCCAUUGGGUUGGAAAACAGAGUGGCUUGGGUGCUGGGCUGGACUCCUUCUAUGAAUACCUUUUAAAAUCUUACAUUCUCUUUGGAGAAGAAGAAGACUUAGAAAUGUUUAAUGCUGCAUAUCAGAGCAUUCAGAACUACUUAAGAAGAGGGCGGGAAGCCUGUAAUGAAGGAGUAGGAGACCCCCCGCUGUAUGUCAAUGUGAACAUGUUCAGUGGGCAACUCAUGAAUACUUGGAUUGACUCUCUACAGGCAUUCUUCCCUGGACUGCAGGUUUUGAUAGGAGAUGUGGAAGAUGCUAUUUGCCUCCAUGCCUUUUACUAUGCCAUAUGGAAACGAUACGGGGCCCUUCCUGAGAGGUUUAACUGGCAGCUGCAGGCCCCUGAUGUUCUCUUCUACCCACUGAGGCCAGAAUUAGUGGAAUCCACAUAUCUCCUCUACCAGGCAACCAAGAAUCCCUUCUACCUCCACGUAGGAAUGGAUAUUCUGCAGAGUCUGGAGAAGUACACAAAAGUCAAGUGUGGAUACGCCACAUUGCAUCACGUCAUAGACAAGUCCAAAGAAGAUCGGAUGGAGAGCUUCUUUCUCAGUGAGACGUGUAAAUACUUAUAUCUGCUGUUUGAUGAGGAGAAUCCAGUACACAAAUCUGGAACCAGGUACAUGUUUACAACAGAGGGCCACAUCAUAUCUGUGGACAAACAUCUUCGGGAAUCACCCUGGAAGGAAUUCUUUUCUGAAGAUGAAAGGCAGAACCAGCAAGGAAAGUUUGUACACAGGCCAAAAUCUCAUGAGUUAAAAGUCAUCAAUUCCAGCUCCAAUUGCAAUCGUGUUCCUGAUGAGAGGAGAUACUCCCUGCCCUUAAAGAGCAUCUACAUGCGACAGAUUGACCAGAUGGUUGGCUUGGUUUGAUCUCGUCUUCUCUCCAUGGACUCAUCGUAAACCAAAUCUGACUUAAUCCAGACCACCCAAAAAUGCAGUCUGAGAUGGAAGGGGUGGAAAUCUGGCCAUCCAUGAUGGUGUGGAAAUUUGUGACCUGCUCCUUACACGUCCAUCUAGUUAAUAUUUGCGUACUUUGGUGUUUUCUUUCUGUUCAAUAAAAUGCCCUAUUUUUCUUAAGGAUAUAAUUUGAAAUGAGAAGGUAUGUGGAAAUUGGCUUCUGUUGAUAUGCUUGUGUUAUUAAGCACAAUAUAUAGGGAACCUUUAGAUUGAUUGUUCUCAGCUUUCUGUUUAGAAUCCACGUCUCUUCAUGUUGCCAGCACUUGACCCUCCUGCUGUAUUGCUACCUCUUUGUUAAAGGUUUGGGAAUGAAAUUUUUGUGCAAAGGGCCUGAGGUUCACUUGGUGUCCCUACUUUUUGCAUUGAAAAUGUCGUGUUUUCUCUCUUAUUGGAUCAUGGGGCCCUCUGCCAGAUUCCCAACUGUGAUUUUUGGAUCACAUGGAGAGAAAUCAUCCAUUUGUUCAUUUAUGUCACAGGCAGUCUUCACAGUGUUACAAAUUGUUUGCUUUAGUAAUAAUAGUCCAACCAGAAUUCUAGCAGACAGUCUCCUUACUUGUUAUGUCAUACUAUGAGAGAUUAUCAGAUCUUUUGGGUGGUAUUUUGUGUUUAUUUUGAACAUGAGCUUACCUGAGAAACUCCCACAGUGUAAGAAUCAGGUAGGUGCAAUCAGGGAGAGAAAAGAAAAAAAUGCAACUAACAAAAUCUAAGAUUGUUUGAACUUCCAUCUUUCUUAUGUUUCCUAACCACGUUUUCUAAAUUAUAACCAUGUUUGAGUUGGUUUGAGUUUUGUUUCCGUUUUGUCACUUGUGUCUAGUGCCAAUUAGCUAAUCAGGGAGAAAGAAAUGAUCAGAUGACUUUCUGAUAUCCUUGAGCCAUUUCUCUGUGUGAUACAGGUUUUAGAUUAGUGCCUUACGGGUUUUGAUUUAGGCCAUUAACUGUCACGGCCACUGCUGUGUUUGUGGCAGUCUGGUUUUGUAUUGCCAUAUAAUGGGACCAACAGGGAAGGAGGGUGGUGUGGGUGUUAAUGUGGAAGAUGCUAGAAAUUUCUUGAUUGGUCUUUGCCUUUCAAUUUGUUUUUAGUCAAGCCUAUAGAGGAAGUUGUGCUAAAAUACGUUCUUUCCUUUUUGCUAUUAUGUAUUUCCCUGACUAGAACAAAAGGCUGUGUCUUUCACUUAAACUGAGUGCUCUAUAAAUUACAGCAAUGGAAAGGAUAGAAGUCUCUUGAAUACUUGGAGCCUAAUGUAUUUUGUUUCACUUAUCAGUGUUUGCAAACUUCAAAUGAUUUCAUUAGUGUUUUCAAAACUAGAAACAAGUUCUGUGUAAGUCAUUGCAUUUUCAGACAAAAGGGAAAAAGUUUAUUUCUUUUUGAAAAUUUAAGGUUAACUCUUAAAAAUAGAUAUGUAAUUCAGUUAUUUUAAAAGAAAUUUUCAGUAGUAAAUGUAUCACCUAUUUUUUAAAUAUUUACUAGUUAAUUCAUUUUAAAGUAAAAGAAUCAAAUGUUUCCAGUUUUACUUCCUUCAUUUUAGAAGUACUAGUCUAUCAAUAGUGUCUCAUCUACUGAACAACAGAAAAUUUUCUUCCAAAAAUACUAUUCUGAAUGUCUUUAUUAACUCAGUGAAAAUGUUAAAUCCUGCCCCGCUGGCCCUUUCCUUCUGUGAGCUUGCACCUGUACUUUUCUCCAGGCAAGUUGAGGUGGGAUUGUGAAUGACCCACUUGGGAGAACGGGGUGUAUGAGGGAAGAAGCAAAGUCUUCCACCUCUGAAGUCUUUCAGCUUCCCCAUUUCUCCGGCCUCUGUGGCAGCAGCAGUGUGUAAAUACUGCAACACCAUCCUUAUCAUCUGGGCCCUUUACCUACCACGAGCUUUUGGAAUGGAGAUCUGUGCUUGGUAGCACCAGUGUGCCUUGAGUGAAAAGGUUUCUUAGGGGGAUGUGAAAGUUUCGUAUGAAGUCUGAAACCCUGUUGAUAUCUGGAUACUGAACUUACACCAGUUGGUGAGACCGAGGGUGAGUGAAUUACUAUUAAUCCUGAUUAUUGACCUUAUAGACUAUUUAGACUAUCGAGACUGAUGUUAUGUAGUCAGUGAUUUGUGGAACUAAAUGUUAGAAUGUUAUCUAGUACAUCCAUUAAAAGAAUGUUCUUAGAGCCAAGUUCAUAGCUUACUGUUUUCUUUUUAAAAGAAUGACAGUAGCUGUGAUGUAUUUAUAGGCAUCUGUUCUCCCUUCUAUUCUGAAAUACUGGGUAGGGAAGAGCCAAAGAGGAGAAUGUCAGUGGAAUCCCCUUGUUCAGUGCUUUACCCUAGGAAUGUCUUGAAUCUGAACUUUUGCAACAGUUACGAGGUUAAACCAUCCUUAUAUUCCCUCAGUAGCUAGAUGUCCAAUAUUAAUGUUAAUAUUUUGAAAGUAGUUUUAAAAAACUGCUGUAGAAAACUAUCCUGUGAUGAAGCUUGGGAAUUUAGUUCUCCCAAGACAAAAAUUUUAAAUUAUUAUAGGCUGGUUUAGAUGCUUUAGACCGUGUGAUGCACUAGGUGACCGUGGAAUGUUUGCUUUCUGGUUAUGCUGGCCCUUGUGAAAAACUGACUUGUUUUCAGAUCCUCCUUUCAGUUUCUUUCCAGUCCUUUUAUGAGACCUUGUUCUUCUGUCUGAAUUUCUAGGUUCUGCUGAUGUCCUGGGCUUUUCUUUCCUGGACUGGGAAAUGUACAUAUGACAGUUAGUUAUUUAGAGAAAAGUGCAUCAGGCUAUUGUCUAUGCAGGUGAAUGUUAGUGGAGAAACCAUAGUUAACAGGUUUGAAUUUUGAGUUGUGCAAUCUGAGGGCUUUGCUUCCCUCCUCCCCACCCUUUCUCCCCUAUAAAAGAUAAAUGUCUGAGCUGUUUCUUAGCUCAUUUUAGGCUUAACAUUAUACAUUCCUUCUGGGGGCCUUCGGAGCUUCUCUCUCUUCCACGUGUUCGGAUUUAGCACUGGUUAAAGAGUAUGGCUGAGUGCUUACUUUAGCCACAAGGUGGCUGAUAGGGACUUCAGAAGAAAAUCUUUUUGCUUUUCUACCCCAAAACAUAGUGCCUCUUCCCUGCAUGUGGGGCAGGGACCCCAGGUAAGAGAAGAGGGGGUGAGCUGGUUAUAUACCCCUUAGGUCAGGCUCAGGAUUAUGCUUCUACUUAAUUUUGUAUAUGAAUCUGGAAAAAAUGUCAAGUACCUGUGGACUUCUCUAAUUCACUAAGCCCCUCUUUGUGAGAGGCAGAAAAAUAUUUUUUAAAAGUAUUUUGUUUUAGUUUUAAAUAGCAAAAUACAUUUUUAUUUAUUAUACACAAGAAAACUCGUUUUUUCAAAAAAUUUAGAGUUGGAAACUCUGGGAAAACUUACUGAAAUACACAAAUGCUUCUCUGUAAUGUGCAAUAUGCUUUGCUACUAUAGAUGAUAUUUUAUGUUUAAUCUGUAAAUGUAUUUAAAUUAAAAAGAAGCUUUUUGUAAAAUGACCAAAUGUUCUUUUAUAAAUGUACUAAAGGAUAUCUUGCUCUUUGGAAUUUAUUAGAUUUUUAUGAAUAAUUUUUAUUAAAAGAUUCCUUUUUUGAGUGA